AUAAACGUAAAGUGAACGCCUCCAUUCUCUUUUUCCCCUUAAAAAAAGCUCACUUAUCCUUCAAAAAUCACUUCUUUUGAUUAACAAAAUCAAGAAUUGCCAUGAAAGACAGAGGCAAAGCUGCAGUUAUAGAAACCAUUUAUGGUGAAAACAACAAAAAUUCAGAUUUCAAUUACUCUGUUUCAUCAGAUAUCCCCUGUUUGAAACACCCAAAUUCAUUCCCUAUUGGGAUUUGUUCUUUUUGUCUCAAAGAAAAAUUGGUCAAUCUAAUUUGUUCUAAUCAGUUCUUGUCUGAUGAAACUGAAAGAAACUCUUCUUCUUCUUGUUCUGUUGAAGUUGGUAGUGUUGGGAGGAUUUCAUUUUUGCUAGAAAAUGAAAAACAGAGCAAAACAGAGCAAGUAAUCUUGCUGAGGAGCAGCAGCAACAGUGUUGAAAUCAAGAAGAAUCGUAACGGUUUUUGGAAAAUCAAGAGAUUUUUCAAGAAGAAUAGAGAAAAGGGUGAUGAAAAAAGUGAAAUUUCAGGACCCAUAGAAGGAGUUGUUUCAAGAUCAAGAUCACUCUGUAGUUUCAGAGGUGGUGGGGGUGGUGAUGAUGGUAGCAGUGAUUACAGAUUUUCAAGUGCAAAAAUCUCUGAUGUUACUGGUGGUUUGUUAUUUGAUGAUUUCAAGAAUCUAAAGAAAAAAUGUUGCUCGGACUCUCCAAAUUUGUUGCCUGUCCUUCAAAAACGAACUAUGUUUAGAGGAUCCGAUGCAUUUUUAAAGAGUCCGAGCAACAAAACAACUACUACUACUAUCAUGGAUGAUGAUGAUGAAGGUUUUAUAGAUUUGAAACUUGAUUUAUUAUCGGAGCCAAAAUUAGAACUUUUUUCAGAAUCUACAAAUUCAAUGGGGAAUUUAAGAGGUGGAUCUUGUAGAAUGAAUGAAUAUGACAGACGGAUGAAAAAAGGUAACAAUGGAAAAGGAAACAGAGUAUGGAAAUGGAUUUUCAAGAAAAGUAAAAGGGAUGAAAUUAAUAGUAAUUUGAUUAUUAAGUCUUAAUAAUUUUUUUAGAUUUGGUUACUUUUGUUGUAGUAAGCAAAGUAAAUAUACAAACUUUACCUUUAA